AAUACGUCAAGUGUUAUGAAAAAUGAAAUUAAAAGCCAGUUCAGGUUACCCUAUUGUGUUGGUGCUCACACCCAUGUAGAGCCAGACAUAAAUGGAGGGAUUCGGCCACAGAGGAGAGCAAGACACAAGAUGAAGACAUACAGAUCUACUCUGAAUUCAAUGAUGCUGGUCAUCCUUGUGUGGCAGCUUGGCCUGUUUCUGCAGGCUGAUGCCCAGAUUCCAGAUGCCUGCCUUCUCAGCAGUACUUAUAGACCUCCAGACAACUCUGAUAUAAACGUAACCUGUGGCACCAAAUUUAUGGACCUCAGCAUCUACAUUUGUCCUGUUUAUAAUGUUCAGUACAAUGAGUCAAUGAUGGUCCCAAACAAUAUAAUGAAGAACCCUCAAUGCUAUGGAAAAGCCGACUGGAAUGUUACUCCACCAGUUUUAAAAUUUAGAUUCCCUAUAAAUGAAACAUCUCUCACAGACUGCGGUAAUAAGUUUCAGAUAACCGAUCAGGUUGGAACCGGACAAUUUUCAGACUUCUCGAAGGUCCAGUUUGUGAACAUCUCCGGCAGUAUCAUCUCUGUAGACCCAGCUGCAGGCAUGAUCACCUAUCGACCACAGAUCCAAUAUAUGUUCUCCUGCAAGUACCCGAUGCAGUACCUGAUCAACAACACUCAGCUCAGUGUAUCUGGUGUUAAUGUUGCCAUACGAGACAACAAUGGUAGCUUCGUCAGUACACUGAGAAUGGAACUCUACCAAGAUUCACAAUACACAAAAUUACUAACAAUUCCAUCAACAGGACUCAACCUUAAAACCAAGAUUUAUGUUGCAGUAGAAGCGACCAAUCUAACAGAGAGGUUCAACUUGCUGCUGGACAGAUGUUACACCACCACAACUCCUUAUCCCAUGCAAACGACCUAUUAUGACCUCUUUGUUGGGUGUAAUCGUGACUCACAAACUAAAAUAGAGGCAAACGGAGUUUCGCAGAAAGCUCUAUUCAACUUUGAAGCCUUCAGAUUCGUGGAGCACAAAAAUAUGACAGUUUCCACUUUCUUCCUGCACUGCGUCACCAGACUCUGUGAGACAGCCACAUGUAGCUCCUUAUUGCCUAACUGUGGUGCUCAAGGCCGUAGAAGAAGAGCAGCUGAGGAUGUGCCGGCCAAUGCUACAAUCACCUCUCGUCCCAUAGUUGUUCACCAAAAGACCACCGCCUCAUCAGCUCAGAGUAUUGUGUCUGCAUUUUCAUCACUGCUGUUCUCAUUGGUGCUUGCUUGGUGUUCCACAUAAGAUGACAAAGAGAUCUCAUGGGCUAACAGUAUCUGACUAAGAACGAAGGCCGUCUUAAAACCCAUCACAGCAUCAUCUGCAAAACACUAGAUCAACACUAGAUGAAGUAGUCAUGAAAUUUAAAUGCAAUGUUACAGUUAAUAUAAUUUUUAUUAUUUGUUAAUAAGAAAACAAGGGCUCAGCUGGUGUCAAAUAACAGUGAAUUGUACGUCAUGAUCAUUUUAUUGUUCUCAAGUUGAAGUAUUUAAUGAUUAUUAUUAUCUAUUAUUCUAAUAGUUUUUUGCUGGGAAUAACAAAAAGUGUUUAACUCUUUUGUAAAAGACAGAACAAAUCUUGUUUUGACAAGAUGUUGGUGUAAACCUUUCAUUUACAUCUUCCUGUUUGUCAAGUCAGAUAUGUAUGGUAUAUGUAUGUAGAUCAUAAGAAUCAAUAAGCAAGCAAAACA